AUGGUACAGUAUAAAGUGUGCCCUCCGUUCGAGAACAAAAAGAACGGGAAAGUGGUUGGAGAAUCUCUACUUGAAGGUGCCACUAAGAAUUUGACCUGCCACCCCGGAUACAGUCAUCGAGACAGAAAUAACGUUGUGAGCCAAUUGUGCCCUACUUUUGAGAACAUCAACAACGGGAAAAUUGAAGGAGACACUCUGUUCGAAGGUGCAACUAGAAAUUUGACUUGCAAUCCCGGAUACAGUCCUCGAGACAUCAGUGUCGUAGUCAGCCGAUGUCAAAAUGGUCGAUGGACGAACAUAACGGAAUGUGUUCAAGUAAAAGACUGCAUCGAGCUACUAAACAGAGAUUCCACAAAGCUAAGCGGUGUGUACACCAUCAUCACCCCUGUCACUCACACCAAGGUACAGGUGCUCUGCGACAUGGAAAUGGAUGGGGGAGGCUGGACGGUCUUUCAAAAGCGGUUCAAUGGCAGUGAAGAUUUGUAUCGGAACUUUAGUUACUAUGAAAAGGGCUUCGGAACUGUUUACGCAGAACACUGGCUGGGUCUUAAAUACAUUUACGAGAUGACAUCGCAUGGUUCCUACCAACUCCGUGUGGACAUUGUACGUUCGAACGGAAGCAGUGGAUACGAUGUGUACGGGGGCUUUAGUCUUCAGCCCGGGACGAACUACACACUAUACGUUGGGUCGCGUAUAAGGUCCGGUGGUCUUCUCAACACAACCCUCUCAUUUAGUGAUGGAGGCUCUUCAGGGAAACCGGUCGGAAAUGCCUUCAGUACGUAUGAUCAUGACGUUGACCGUUGGUCGGACAACUGUGCAGUAAAGGAUCAAGGGAGCUGGUGGUACAAUCGCUGCAAUGACUACAUCAAUCUGAAUGGACUUUACCGACCAGGACAAAAAGAUCAACAGGGCAUGACUUAUGACUCUAACUACGGUAUUGCUGCCAGCACCAUGAUGUUUAAAAGCGUGUCAUAA